AUGCCUCAUCCUCGAAGAUACCACUCUUCAGAGAGAGGCAGCCGGGGGAGUUACCAUGAGCACUAUCGGAGCCGAAAGCAUAAGAGACGAAGAAGCCGCUCCUGGUCAAGCAGCAGUGACCGUACGCGGCGGCGCCGACGGGAAGACAGUUACCAUGUCCGUUCCCGGAGCUAUGACGAUCGUUCAUCCGAUCGGAGGGCGUAUGACCGGCGAUACUGUGGCAGCUACAGGCGCAACGACUACAGCCGAGAUAGGGGAGAAGCCUACUAUGACACAGACUACCGGCAUUCCUACGAGUACCAUCGGGAGAACAGCAGUUACCGCAGCCAGCGCAGCAGCCGUAGGAAGCACCGCCGGCGGAGGCGGCGCAGCCGGACGUUCAGCCGUUCAUCUUCGCAGCACAGCAGCCGGAGAGCCAAGAGUGUAGAGGACGACGCUGAGGGCCACCUCAUCUACCACGUCGGGGACUGGCUACAAGAGCGAUAUGAAAUUGUAAGCACCUUGGGAGAGGGGACCUUCGGCCGAGUUGUACAGUGUGUUGACCAUCGCAGGGGUGGGGCUCGGGUUGCCCUGAAGAUCAUUAAAAAUGUGGAAAAGUACAAAGAAGCAGCUCGACUUGAAAUCAAUGUGCUGGAGAAAAUCAAUGAGAAGGACCCUGACAACAAGAACCUCUGUGUCCAGAUGUUUGACUGGUUUGACUACCAUGGCCACAUGUGUAUCUCCUUUGAGCUUCUGGGCCUUAGCACCUUCGAUUUCCUCAAAGACAACAACUACCUGCCCUACCCCGUCCACCAAGUGCGCCACAUGGCCUUCCAGCUGUGCCAGGCCGUCAAGUUCCUCCAUGAUAACAAGCUGACACAUACGGACCUCAAGCCUGAAAAUAUUCUGUUUGUGAAUUCGGACUACGAGCUCACCUACAACCUAGAGAAGAAGCGAGAUGAGCGCAGUGUGAAGAGCACAGCUGUGCGGGUAGUAGACUUUGGCAGUGCCACCUUUGACCAUGAGCACCAUAGUACCAUUGUCUCCACCCGCCAUUAUCGAGCACCAGAGGUCAUUCUUGAGUUGGGCUGGUCUCAGCCUUGUGAUGUGUGGAGUAUAGGCUGUAUCAUCUUCGAAUACUAUGUUGGCUUCACCCUCUUCCAAACCCAUGACAACAGAGAGCAUCUAGCCAUGAUGGAAAGGAUCUUGGGUCCUAUCCCUUCCCGGAUGAUCCGAAAGACAAGGAAGCAGAAAUAUUUUUAUCGGGGUCGCCUGGAUUGGGAUGAGAACACAUCAGCGGGGCGCUACGUUCGAGAAAACUGCAAACCACUUCGGCGGUAUUUGACCUCAGAGGCAGAGGAACACCACCAGCUCUUCGAUCUGAUUGAAAGCAUGCUAGAGUAUGAACCUGCCAAGCGGCUGACCUUGGGCGAAGCCCUUCAACACCCUUUCUUCGCCCGCCUUCGGGCUGAGCCACCUAACGCCAAGUUGUGGGACUCCAGUCGAGAUAUCAGUCGGUGA